AUGGAGGAAGAACUAGCUAAACAAUGGGAGGGACUUUGUCUCACUGAGAAAGAAAGAGAAGGGCUGGUUCUACCAGCAGAUGCAUUGCACAAUGCAGUGCAUUAUGGCAAGUUCUGCCUAUUAGCAAUGAUAGUGGCUGAGAAGUUUGCAAACAAAGAAGCUUUCAAAGUCACUAUGACUAAGGUUUGGAAAUGCGACAGCUGGGUCCAGUUUACUGAAGUUGGAUCCAACAAGUUCUUGGUUGAGUUCAAUCUGAAGGAAGACAUGGAGAGAGUAACAGCUGGAAGACCCUGGUCCUUUGAUAGGUGGCUGAUAUGCUUGCAGGUCCUUGACAGCAGCAAGUCCAUUGGUGAAACCACCUUCACCAAAGAGGAAUUCUGGAUCCAAGUUUUGAACAUGCCCUUUGGUUGUAUGACACAGGAGAUUGGAAUACAGAUAGGCAAUACUGUAGGUAAGGUGCUACAAGUCCAAGCUGACCAACGAGGCAUUGGCUGGGGGAAGUUCCUAAGAAUAAGAGUGGAACUGGAUAUAACAAAACCUCUUCUAAGGGGAAUGUUCAUAUCAGUAGAAGGGAAACAAACUUGGGUCCAGCUGAGGUAUGAGAGAUUGCCAUCUUUCUGUUUUAACUGUGGCACAAUCAAGCACACUACACAGGGAUGCAUCUCUAUUCAAAAUGAAGAAAAGAAGCAAUAUGGAGCAUGGUUAAGAGCAGCUGCACCUAGGGAGAGUGACUUGCUUUUCAAAAAGUAUGGCAAUGACUUGAACCAGAAAGCUGGUCCAGAGAGGCAGUCAUGGAGGAAAGAAGAGGAGGUUAGGGAUGAAGUCCAUUUGAAGUAA